AUGGUUUCCAAGUCGGGUCGGAUUUUUGUGCUGGCGAUAGCCCUCGCUGCUUUUGUGGGUGGAUCUCAAGGGGCAAACAUUCUGGGUCUAUUUCCCAGUCUGAGUCCCUCACAUGUGAUCAUCCAAUUGUCAGCGGCUAAAGCUCUGGCGGAGAAGGGCCACAAUGUGACGGUGGUCACAGUGCUAAAGCCGACGGUUACCCACAAGAAUUUCAAUGUCAUCCAAGUUCCUCUCACCAAGGAGGAGUCCCAGCAAAGGAGCGAUGCAAUCGGAGCGAUUUCCAAGAGCGACAAUAGCAACAUGAUCCUGUCCUUGAUCCGCAUGUCGGGACAAAUGGACUUUAUGUACUACAAGAUGGCGGAAGCCCUCAAAAACGAUCGUGUUCGUGAUCUCUAUCUGAAUAGUGACAACAAGUUCGACCUGGUUCUCUCUGGAUACUUCAUGAACGACUACCAGCUUGCGUUUGCUAGGAAGGUACAGGCACCUGUCAUCGUCGUGGCCACAAUGCCGCCCAACCAACUGCUGAACCCCCUGAUUGGCAACCCCCUGGAGGUCUCCUACGUGCCCUCCAUCAACGAUUCAGUGGAGAAGGGCAAGGGAAUGACCUUCCGACAGCGAUUGUCUGGCUUUGCUACAAGCCUCUUUUUCGAAUUUUUCAGUUACCUUUCAGAAAGGCGUAACAGAUAUUUGUACAAGGAUGUUUUCGGUGACGAUCCCAACUUGCCAGAGUACUCGGAACUGGUCAAAAACACUUCGCUUGUGUUCUUUGCCUCCCACGCGCCCAGCGAAGGACCCAUCCGACCCAAUGUUCCUGCAGCGAUAGAGAUUGGCGGUAUUCAAGUUAAGGACACGCCGGAUCCACUGCCCCAAAAUAUGGCAGAGUUCUUGGGAAACGCCACAGAUGGUGCGAUUCUCCUCUCUCUGGGCUCCAAUGUCAAGGGAAGCCACAUCAAGCCAGACACGGUUGUCAAAAUGUUCAACGUCCUCUCGAAACUGAAGCAAAGGGUCAUCUGGAAGUGGGAGGAUCUGGAGAAGACCCCCGGCAAGUCGGACAACAUACUCUACUCCAAGUGGCUGCCUCAGGACGACAUUCUAGCCCAUCCGAAAAUCAAGCUGUUCAUCAAUCACGCCGGAAAGGGUGGCAUAACUGAGGCGCAGUAUCAUGGAAAACCCAUGCUCUCGUUGCCCGUAUUUGGAGAUCAGCCUGGCAAUGCUGACGGCAUGGUCAAGAAGGGGUUCGGCCUCACCUUGAGCCUCCUUACUCUGGAGGAGCAGCCCUUCCAAGAGGCAAUCCUAGAGAUCUUGUCGAACCCGAAGUAUGCCCAAAAGGUGGCCUCAUUCUCCUCCCUCUACCGCGAUCGCCCCCUGACGGCCAGGGAGUCAGUUGUCUACUGGGCGGAGUACGUCAUCCGGCACCAUGGAGCUCCGCACCUGCAGAGUCCAUUGGUGCACAUGAACUUCAUAGCCGCCCAUAACAUAGAUCUAUAUAUCUUGCUUGCAGCUAUUUCAGUUACUUUCAUACUGCUUCUUAAGGUGCUGGUGCAGUUUAUUUACAGGAAGUGCACAUCGAAGCCAAAGAAGGAGAAAAAGCACUAAACAUUGCACUAAAGCAGGCAACCAGUGAAAAUACUCGGCACAAAAUUUUCGAUUACCAUAGCUUUGUAAAAUAAAGAUGUUUAAAUAUUUAUAAAGAAA